AGAAUUAAUUGCACUGAAUUAGCGGUGAAAUGCUAUUCCCGCCAUAGGCUCUGGUAGCGCUAUCUACAGCUGUACGAAAUGUUGCCAUGGACAGUGCACAACGUGAAGUGUUUAGUAUUCCUUGACUUAGUAGUCUAGGUUUGAGAGUGACGAGUGAGAGACGCAUUGUAGGUGGAACGUAAAGGGAAAUCACUUAUUAAGAGGAAACGUUUUCACUUUUACAAAUUUGUUGUGAUUUCUGGAAUAUGGCUACAACUAAUGAAGACGAAGAACUAUUAUUUACCUUUAUAUGGCCUUGUUAAUGAGCUGCUGUCAUUGGGCCAUAAAAACAAUCAGUGUGAAAGAUUUUUUGAACUUUAAAAAGGUGUAUUUAGUGUUUGUGGUUGAUGUGAUAAUUAGGAUCAUUGAUAACUCUUAAAGAUUAUCCUAUUUUUUUUAACACAAUGUCAUCCAAAGUGGAAGCAAAUGAUAAUGUAAAUAAUGCUGAUGAAGAAAUAUCUUCAUCAGAAACUGUAGAUAAUUCUAGUGAAGUGAAAGACAGUGAGGAGAGUGUCCCAAAGCUACAUCUCAAUGGAGAAGUAGAAAAUUUUGAUAAAUAUAAUGCUCAAGAGUCAAGUGUUCAUAAAUCAGUUACAGAUACUCCACAAAAAGAAGAUGAACAUAUUGUUGAAGCAAUUCAGAAUAUGGUAAUUAACGAUACUGUCUUACCAUCAGAAGAUACUUCACUUAAAGAAGCAGAACAGCCUUCCUCUUCUUCACCAAAAACAACAGAAAAAUGUCCAUCUCCAUUGCCUAAGGCAGGGAAAGAAUCAAUUGAAGAUGAAGAAUCUCUUACUGGCAAUAAGCAAGUGUAUCGACUAAAGUGGAUUGAAUGGCAGAAUAAGAAAACCCCAAUUGUUACCCAGAAUGAGAAUGGCCCUUGUCCACUUAUAGCAAUAGCUAAUAUUUUAUUGCUAAGAGGUAAAAUUCACUUACGGACCACCAUAGAGCAUAUCAGUGCAAGUGACUUGAUGGAGUACAUAGGAGAUGCAAUAAUGGAGAGCAUACCAAAGGAUUUACGUGGACCAAGCAUGCUGAACUAUGAACAAAACAUGCAUGAUGCCAUUGCCAUAUUACCUCAGUUGCAUACGGGAUUGGAUGUAAAUAUAAAAUUUACUGGUGUCCAACAUUUUGAAUACACUCCAGAAUGUAUAAUAUUUGAUCUACUGAAUAUUCCAUUGUACCAUGGAUGGCUUGUGGAUCCACAAUGUCAGGAGACUGUGCAGGCGUUAGGUAAUCUGGGUUAUAACCAACUAGUGGAGAGAAUCAUCCUUAAUAAAUGUUCAUCAAACUCUGACUUGGUCACUGAAGCUCUAAUUGCUGAACAGUUUUUAGAAAGAACCGCCUCACAACUUACUUAUCAUGGACUUUGUGAGCUGAAUUCUGCUAUGAAACAAGAGGAACUUGCGGUUCUCUUCCGUAAUAACCACUUCAGCACAAUACUUAAAAAGAAGCAUGAAUUAUUUCAACUUGUCACUGACCAGGGCUUCCUACAUGAACCUCGUGUUGUGUGGGAAACUCUAUGCAAUAUUGAAGGAGAUGGUCAAUUUGUUGACUCUCGUUUUGCAACUGUGCCACCCAAGGCAGCAGAAUGUUUUAUUCCUGAAACCGCCAUGACACAAGAACAACAGAUCAACCAAGACUACCUGGUGGCUUUAAGCCUUCAAGAGGAACAAAAGAAGGAACAAGACCGUGAGCAGGCUUGGCAGGAAUACAGGGACACCUUAACUAGCUCACCUGAAAUAUCAGAGUAAGUCACCCUUCUUGUGCAUGCCCUCCCCCUUGGAAUGGUGGCACAACUUGUUGCAUUUCGGGUGCAUCUGACUUCUAAGUUUUUAUAUAUCCCUAGUCAUAUUGGCUUUUCUCAUUUGUUUCUAUUUGUGUGUGUGUGUUUAUCUGUGUUUCAAGACUUGGGACAGUUGUUUGCAAUAAGUGUUGUUUUUUAUUGUCUUUAUAAAUUGUUAUUUUUGAUAUUUGUGUAAUGAGAUAGUUUUUGUGUCUCAGUAAAAUUCCGAUACUUUACUGCUAUUUCAGUCUGAAGUUGAUAUGUUGGUUACUGAAAGAAAAGUAAUUUUAAUAAAAGAAAGAAGAGAGGAUGACAUUAAUAUGACAUACUUUUCGUUUAUAUAAAUUUCACUUAAAUGUGAAUCCUGUUAAAGUAAAACUGGGUUCUAAUUCUUAUUGAUAAUAAUUAGUACUGCAAUAACUCUUACCAAAGUUUGUGACAAUGGAAUUUACCUGUGGUUUUGAUAUAAAACUGCAUAUUCCAAAUAUCCAUGUAUGUUUCUCAAGUUUAAUUAGAGUAUCUUCAAAGUCACUGUGAUUGUGAUUAACCUAUGUUAUCAAGUAGAAAUUCAAUGCCGGAAUUUGUGUAGUUUGUCUUCCUGAUCAGGUACAAGAUUGCAAGUUUGCUGUGGCAAUUCAAAGAAAAGUAUUGCCCAAGUAUUAUGCUCUAAAUUUGAAUAUCUCUUUGUACCUUUUAGUCCAAAGCUUGUUCAUUGAAUGCUUUUUAAUUGUUGACAAGACUCCAAUAAUACAGUUAAUUACUAGUAGUGGUUUUAUUUUACAAUAUUUUACUUUGACUUGUAUUAUUGCAUUCAAUUGUUAUUGAAACGUUAAUGUUAAUUGUAUUAUAUUUAUUAAUUUAUUGUCACAUUUAUAUUGGUAUUAUUAUGUUAUAUAGGAUAUAUUAUGUAUUAUUGAUAACCUCUGAAGUUUAUUAUUUAAACUUGUGCUAAAUUUAAUUCUUGUAGGCAUAAGUUUUUUUAAAUGAGCAGUUUUGAAUAUAUCUUAAUUUCGUGGAUUGUGAUUAACAAGUAAAUCAUUUGAAUUGUUCACAUAAUGCCAUGUUUGUGACAGAAGGGUUCAUCUUGAACAAACAUUUAAAGGGUGUUUGACUAUUAUAAUUGUAAUUUAAGACUAAGCAUACAUAUUUGUACCUUUUCUAAUCCUAAACAUAAUAGCAUAAAUUAGAUGACAAUUAAAAAUUGAAGAUUAAGCAUUGCUUUCUUGGCAUGAACCAAAAGUAUAUUAAUCAUGAUUAACACUGUAGGAAAAAAAUCCUUGCUUAUUCCUUUUAAGUGACCUUGCCUUAUUAAUUCUCCUACACUAUAGAAAGUCAACAAAUUAUGUUUUUAAUUAAAAAAGAAAGGAAGUAUCAGUUUCCAUAUCAGUUAUACAGUUGCCCAUCAAAUGUAAACAUUUUAAAAUAUUUUGAAGACUGAGAGAGGGGAGGUUCCACAUUAUAUUGCAGAGUUUUUGUUUUAAUUAAAAAUAUUCGAAGUUGUCCCUCAAAGGCUAUAGGAGAAUAAGAAUUUAAAAAAUACCCUCAAGUGUUUUCGAUCAACUGUUUGUGGAUUAUACUUAGGAUCAAGAAAAAUAAGAUUUACCAAUUUUCACUCCCCCAUCCCUUUUCCUUCUACAGACUUUAAAAAACAUGUUAUUGCCUUGUUUAUUUUUUCUCGGAUACCUUAAAUUGUUUUAAGACCUGGAAUGAAUGAGAACAGCUUUGUAAAAACCUAAUAAUAAAAACAACAAUUUUAAGUUAAUUUUUGGUAAGAAAUUUUAAUUUUUAACCUGCUUCAGUGUGAAAAAAUCUCAAAGUAUUUUUUAUUUUAGAAACUGUGGGAGGUACUCCAAAAGAAAAAUAUAUUUAAUGUUUCAAAAUUUUUUAAAUUUAUUUUAUUUUAUUGUUUUUGAGGAGUGGAACAUACAAAAGAUAAUUAAAAACUGAUUUUCCACCAUAAUGACUUGCUUGUUUUCAAAUAUACAAAAACAAAGAGUUCUAGGAGAAUUUCCUCAUGUUCAAGAAACUUUUGGUGGCCAUUAAAUCCAUUUAUCGUAUGAAAAUGAACUGAACAGCAGACAGUUGAAUCUUAAAGAUCAGUUUGCUUCAUUCUCAGAUUGAACAGUUGACACUGUUAUUCUGUACCAUAGCAGACACAUCAGGUGUGAACAGGUAUAGGGUUAGUGUCUAUUCCCCCUUUCUCACUAAAUUUGAUUUGUAUUAUGCUGUUUUAAGUGAAUAUAAUGAGAAAA